AUGAUUGAAGUUGUGAAUUACGUUGUUGGGUCCUCAUCCUCUGUUCCAGCUCCCACCAAUUUUGAUGCUGGAAGCCCACUAUACAUCCACCCCUCUGACAACACAUGUUCAGUGCUUGUUCCUGUACCAUUUGAUGGUGUUGUAAAGAACAAGUUAAGGUUUAUCAAUGGAGAAUGCAUGAAACCAAGCCCACAAUCUCCUGAUUAUCGUCAAUUGGAGAGAUCUGAUGCCAUGGUUACCUCCUGGAUACUGAAUUCCUUAAGCAAGGACAUUACAGAUAGUGAUCGAUAUGAUCAGACCAAUGGCGCUAAGCUGUAUCAAAUUCAAAAGGAAAUUAAUGACCUCAAUCAAGGUAUUCUGGACAUCACCUCCUACUACACAAGAAUGAAGAAACUCUGGGAAGAACUCACCACACUAAGUGCUAAGAGUAUUUGUAGUUGUACUUGUACAUGUGGUGCUAAAGAGACAAUGCAUAAGGCUGAGCAGGAUAGACGACUCAUUCAGUUUCUCAUGGGUCUUAAUGAGGUUUAUACCAUCAUUCGAGGAAACAUGCUGAUGAUGAACCCUUUACCUUCUAUGGGACAAGCUUUUGCUCUUUUGGUUCAAGAAGAAAAACAAAGAGAGUUCAAACCAAACAAUCAAUUUUCUGCAGACUCCUCUUCUUCCCUGAAUGUUAGUUCCAGUUCUUCACGAAACUCUGGAGGUCCUUCAGGUGUGCGAGGUUUCCAAAUCAACUAUGCCAACAGUAAUGUAAGGACAAGGCCUUAUGGUGAUCAUUGUAAAAGAGUUGGACACACAAAGGACAGGUGCUACAAGAUCCAUGGAUAUCCUAGCAGACCAAAUGCCAAUUCAGGACCUAAUAACCAGCCUUACAAUAACUAUCCACCAAGAAAUCAAUACAACCAGAAUCAAAACUCUAAUCCUUCCCAGUAUAAAGGGCACAAAGGUAAAGGUACUGUAGCAAAUGUUCAUGGAGAACUGCUAGAGAAGGGUGAAUCUAGCGCUCAGAGCGGUCCUGUAGGUGCUUUGUCUCAGGAACAAUAUCAUCAUUUGGGCCCUUCACUGAAGAGGCCUCUGGAGAUUGGUAAGAUACAUGAUGGGCUGUACUUUCUUUGUUCAAAGUGCCUACAAAAGAACAAUUCUAUUCCUCAACAGAAUCACACUUUUCCUUGUCUUUCAUCUCAGGUACUCAACACAAACAAACCACAAUAUUCAUCUAGUUCCUAUUUCUGUUUCCCUAGUACAGAUAUAAAGAACUGCAUUGUUGCUUCUGAUCCUGUUGUAAAGGAUACAAUUGUUACUAAUAAAAAUAGUGAUAAUUCUUGUUUCACUUCUUUUAUAUCUCAUGCAAAUGCUGCUGACUUGUUAUGGCAUUUUAGGCUUGGUCAUGUUCCCUUUGUGAAGAUGAGAGGGUUAACUUCAAUACCAGUGAAAUUCUCAACCAAACAACCUUUUUUUUUGUCCAAUUUGUCCUAUGGCUAG